AUGGGUGCUAAUUGUUGUAGGCAAUAUAAUGAUAAACCUGAAGAGCUAACAAAUCUUAAUUAAUUUACUACUUCAAAUAUCUCGUAAAAGAAAAGCUGCUCAUCUUCAAAUAUAUUAAAUAAAGAGAAAUGUCAAUAACAAGAGGAAAAUUGUAAAGAAGAUGCCUCUGUGACAUAUAUCCAUGAACCAUUCAAAUUCGAAGGUGACAAUCAGGAAAUAAAGGAAGUUAAUGGUGAUGUGGAUGCAGUUGAAUCUAUACAGCAGUCUCAUCAAUUCUUAUAAGAUUGUAUUCCAAAUAUUAAUGAUUCAUCCUCAGAAUCAGCUGAAUCAAUUCACUGUGAUGAUACUAAUACAAAAAAAACAAUAUUAAAGCAUGACCUAAGAUAUUGUUAAAAUCAAAAUUCAACCUAAAAUAAAGAAGUAGUAAAAAAAAAGGUUAGAUUCGAUCUAAAAUUAAAUUUUAAAUGA